GCCGCGCGCUCCGCGCUGCAGGGGGCGAGGGCGGAGGCGCAGGCCGCGCGCUCGGGGCUGCAGGAGGCGAGGGCGGAGGCGGCGGGCGAGCGGCGCCGCGCCUCGGAGCUCGAGCGGCGCUGCCGCGCGGCGGAGGCCGCCGCCGAGGCUGCCGCGGCUGCGCAGGCUGCGGCGGACACGGCCCGGACCGGCAUCGACAUCGUAGAGGCCGUGGAGGCCGUAGAGGCACUUCGCGCCCAGCCUGCCCAGCUGACCCGCCCGCGGGCGCCGGACUCUGCUGCCGCGGAGCGGACACUGAGCCUCCUGGCUGUGCAGCGGGCUCGAGCCUGCCACGCCCGCCUGCUGGCGGCCUGGCGGCGCGCCGCCUGCAGCGCCGGCCUCGAGCGCCAGGUGACCGCGGCGCGGCGGAGCCGCAAGCACCUCUUCUCGGCGGCGCUGUUCCAGCAGGCCAGGUGCUCGCAGGCGAUCGCCCUCGCCUGGUGGCAGUCCGCCGCCAUUCGGGGAAGUUCGGGCGCCAGCUGGCCGCGGCCGCCCUGCGGCACCAGCAGGCCCAGGCGGCCGCGGCCGCGGCCAGCCGCCCGCGCCCCGCCGCUGGCGGGGCCGCCACGCCCCGGGCCGCCACGCCCCGAGGCUGCGCCGCCGCGCGGCAGCCG